AUGGCACAUAUGAAGGCGUCGGUCAUCGCGGCACAGGCUGGUGGUUGGUCUGUGAACAACGGUGGGAGAAAUGUCAGGCGAUGGGUCCGUGUCUGGAUCAACACACGCAAGCUGCCAACAUCUUCCCGUGGCAAGCACGCGAAGACAUGGUCCUUCCUGUCCGAUCCGAAUCUCCGAGAGAAGAUUUCUGUCUUCCUUCGCACCAACAAAUGGGCUGUUGAUCCAUCGAAACUGCAUGCCUUUCUCAACAAUAAGAUGCUUCCGGAAGAAGCUCAGUCUUAUGCGAAGGGAGUGGUGGAGAACGAGAUGCCAGAGGGCUUGAAGAAAUACAUCGAAAUGGAUAUCCUUCCUCGUCAAUUCCAGGUCAAGAAGCACAUCAGCUUGGAGACCUGCCAUCAGAUCAUGCUCGAGCAGGGAUUUCGCUUUACGGAACACAAGAAGGGACUGUAUUUUGAUGGACACGAGCGCCCCGAUGUUGUUUCCGAUCGGCAGGAUCGUUAUAUCCCCGCUAUGCUCGAUAUCCACCGUCCUCGUCUCGUCAAAUACACAGUUGGCAGUGUCGAUGAUGAACUCCUCGGCCCGUCCAUCAAAGAUUGGAUUCAGUAUCCAGUCAGCACAUUUGUUCGCCCGCGUCUGGUUCUGUGUGCUCAUGAUGAAAUGACGGCACAAGCAAAUGAUGGUUUGAAGAAAAGCUGGGUUCUCGAGGGCGAACAACCGCUGAGGAAGAAGGGAGUGGGACGCGGAUUGCACCAGUCCGAUGUUAUCUGCUCAACAGUUGGUUGGCUCAAGGAUGCGUCUCAAACACUCGAGUAUGGAAAGAAUUAUGAAGGCUAUUGGAAUGGGGAGCUGUUCAUUAAACAAAUCAUCGAAAAGAUUAUUCCUGCUUUCGAAGCCGCCCAUGGUCCUGGACAUCAGAUGCUGUUCAUGAUUGAUAACUCGCAAGGCCAUUCAGCAUAUGCCGAGGAUGCGCUGGUUGUCAACCGCAUGAAUCUCAAUCCGGGCGGUAAACAGGCGCUGAUGCGUCCGGGCUGGUUCAUCAAAGAUGGCCGCACCGUCUCCCAGCCGAUGGUGUUCGAACCGGGUCAUGCGUCAGCUGGAAAGGCGAAGGAUUUCCAGCAGCAACGAUCCCUUGUUCAAGAAACCAUCGAGAACGCCAGGCAUCUCUGCAUUAUACUUCCCAAGUAUCAUUGCGAGUUGAAUUUCAUUGAAUUCUUCUGGGGAGCAGUCAAGCGAUACCUCCGUGACAACUGUGAUUACAGUUUCGACACCCUGCGCGCAAAUAUGCCGAAGGCUCUCGAAAGUGUCAAGUUAUCGACAAUCCGCAAGUGGGAGCAUCGGACCUUCCGUUGGCUGGAAGCUUAUUCCGUUGGUUUGGACGCGAAGGAUGCUCAAAAGCGAGUGAAGGAGUUCUCUUCUCAUCGAUACAAGUCACACCGUCGCGUUCCCGAGUCCCUCGCGGCUCAGUUUGACGAGUAA